GGGGGGGGGGGGAGGGGAGAGAAAAACAGAUUUGCAUAAAGCAGGGAGAGGAACAAAACGAUGCCGCUCGUGUUGGAGGAAGCCUCCUAGUUUGAACACAGCCUCGGGAUAAAGUGAGAGAAACCCGGCUCUCCUUGGUAGCUAGCUUCCCUGUCUUUGUGUUUUUGAAUGGUGGGCAGUUUUUCCUGCCUGUGCGGAUUGUCAAGGAGAAGUUUCAGCUGGAGAAUCGUCACCAAUCCUGUACAGAUGGACCUUAGAUAACAGCAGCUGCAGGUCUGCCUUAAUCUUGGAAGUUCAGCCGACCUCGAGGCGUCCAUCGUCCAACCAAAAUGGCUGAUCCCACUGGGCUGAGCCCCGAGGUCGGGGGGGCAGGUGUGGCCGAGGUCAACGCUUGUAGUUUGGAAAUUGAGCGAAAAUAUGACAUCAUCCCUACCAUCAUCUGCUCCAUGUGUUGCCUUUUUGGCAUCAUCUACUGUUUCUUUGGUUACCGCUGUUUCAAGGCCGUCAUGUUCCUGUCCGGUCUCAUGUUCGGCUCGGUCAUCAUCUUCCUGCUGUGCCACAAGGAGCACAUUCUGGACACUCAGCUGAGCGUGGAGGCCAGCGCAGGCAUCGGCCUCGGCAUCGGCCUGCUGUGCGGCCUGGUCACCAUGCUGGUGCGAAGCGUCGGCCUCUUCAUGACCGGCCUGCUGCUGGGACUCCUGCUGGCUCUGGCCGGCCUGCUGGUCACUCACCAGUUCUACACGCCGACCACGCUCUGGGUGCCUCUGGGCACGCUGCUGGGCACCGGCAUGCUGUUUGCUGUGCUGACGCUGCAGUGGCAGAAGGCCUUCACCAUGCUCUCCACGGCCGUGUUCGGAGCUGCUAUCAUGACCGUGUGCGCUGAUUACUUUGUGGAGAUGCUGGCUCUUGCCAAUCACGUAUAUGACUGCUUGCGCCUCACGCCCGGGCCGGCGCUGUGCUGGUACAGCUGGGUCAUUCUGGGCAUCUGGCCUGCCCUCAGCCUCAUAGGAGUACUGAUCCAGUGGAAGAUGACGGGUGACAGCUUCUCACACACUGAGGUUGUCAUCAGCCGGAGACAGAAGCGGGUUCAACUGAUGCGGAUUCGAGAGAAGGACACCAAGAAGCGACAGCAGGCAGGUGGGCAGGAAGGCACAUACCGCCGUAAAGCCACCCCAGUGAAACGCUACGCUGGGGAUCUACUGGCACCGGUCAGUGUCUCCCAACAAGAGCUACCUGCAAAGUCUGCGAGAUCGGCAGAUGGGAACAGGUACUUCCCUUAGCAGCCUCGGCACCACCAACCCGACCAUGGUCGACAUGGACUGCGAGACCGGAUCCAUGGUUCCCCUCACAGCCACGACUCCAGUCGUCAGGGUCUGACCAACGCAGAGCAAAAAGGCAGGACUUCCUGAUUCCUGGUGGGAGGUAUCUUCAUCAGGAGAUUCCUUUGGUUAGGGGGUUUUCCUCACGCAGAGCAGUUCAUGCCAACUGCUCUAGUGUCUCUAAUUGCUGUGAAGUAGAUCUGGUAGCGAGGAUGUGUUUUUUUUUUUGUUUGUUUUGCGGUGAGUCCUGUGUGUCAAACAGAAUGCCACUGAGGGAUAACAAGCAUCGAACUCUGUUUUGAUGGUGUUAAAACCACUAUGACCACUGUGUUUCUCAGAGAAACAGUAUCCAGUCGAUACUAACAGAAAAAGGUCUCCCAUUUCCACUUAUUGUGUAUUUGAUACACAGCAACAACUGGAAGCC